AUGCGCCUGCCCUACACCCCCAACCCGCCACAGCCAGCGGACCCCGCCGAAGAGGCCAUCGUCUCGCGCAUCACCGCGCGUCGCGCACCGCGCCCCCUGCAGCCCCUCGACCUGACCCUCCUCCACAGCCCCCCCGUCGCCGACGGCUGGAACUCCUUCCUCGGCGCCGUGCGCACGCAGACCAUCGUCCCCGCCGACCUGCGCGAGCUCGCCAUUUCCCGCGUCGCCGUCGUCAACCGCGCCUGGUACGAGUGGAUGCACCACGCACCCCUCGCCGUCGGCGCCGGCGUCCCGCAGGCCGCCAUGGACUGGCUCAAGGGCCAGGCCGGUGACCUGGCCGAGCCGAGCGUCGCGGCUGAGGGGACGGGGCUGUUCGGGGACUGGCAGUGGGCCGCGCUGCUGCUGGCGGAUGAAAUGACGAGGAACGUGCAGGUCUCUGACGAAACAUUUGCCAAGGUCAAGGGCUUGUUCGGUGAGAGGGAGGUUGUCGAGCUUGUGGCAACGGUUGCUUGCUACAACUGUGUGAGCAGAUUCCUUGUGGCGCUGGAUGUCGGCGAAAGAAAUGCCACAGGCCCUGAUGCGCCGGCUGCUCACUGA